AUGGCAGAGUGUUGGCCUUGUGACAGACUGUUGGCUAUUGAUAAAUCUGGGGGAAAGGGAAAUCCUGGAGGCAAGACCCUUGAGGAGAGACGUUCUAGCCUGGAUGCCGAGAUAGACUCGCUGACCAGUAUCUUGGCAGACCUUGAGUGCAGCUCUCCUUACAAGCCUCGACCCCCACAGGGGUCUGCUAGUUCGACAGCCUCUCCUCCAGCCUCCACCCCUGUCACAGGACACAAAAGAAUGGUUAUACCAAACCAACCCCCUCUAACAGCAACCAAAAAGUCUACAUUGAAACCACAGCCUGCACCCCAGGCUGGACCCAUCCCCGUGGCGCCAAUCGGAACACUAAAACCCCAGCCUCCACCGGUCCCCGCCUCCUAUACAACAGCGUCCACGCCUUCCAGGCCUACCUUCAAUGUGCAAGUCAAGUCAGCCCAGCCCAGCUCUCUUUACAUGGCUUCUCCUUCAUCGGGACAAUUUUAUGGCCCGGGCCCAGGACCCCAGGGCUAUAACGCUCCACCAGUUUCUAUCUCUGGGCAGUGCCCACCUCCUUCAACACGGGGGGGCAUGGAUUAUGCAUAUAUUCCACCGCCAGGACUUCAGCCUGAGUCUGGGUAUGGGUACACCCCCAACCAAGGACGUUACUAUGAAGCCUAUUGCCCCACGGGGCCUGGCUAUGGGGGCAAAAAUGACUCUGAUCCGGCUUAUGGUCAGCAAGGUCACCCAAAUGCCUGGAAGCGGGAACAAGGGUAUACUCCUUCUGGAACAGGAAACCAGAACCCGGCUGGGAUGUAUCCAGUUGCUGGUCCCAAGAAGACCUAUAUCACAGAUCCUGUUUCAGCACCGUGCGCACCACCACUGCAACAAAAGGGUGGACAAACAGGUUCCAUGGGGCCUCCAGCUGUCCCCCCCUCAUUCCGCCCUGAAGAUGAGCUUGAACACCUGACCAAGAAGAUGCUGUAUGAUAUGGAAAAUCCACCUGCUGAUGAAUACUUUG